GCGGCAUAAUUUUUUGCGUUUGCGUUUAGAGCGGCGGCGGCCUCACCGCACGAUCGACUCGAGCGAGCGAAACGGCACAAGCGUGGCGUGUCUUUACGUGACUCGGAUGCAUAAAAAAGCAAACUAUAGCCUACCAGACUACCGCGGCUAAACAUGUGCGGUGAUUAGUAGAGUCGGUGAGAGAUUGAGCGUGCGACGGUGGUGGUGGUGAUGUGAGCACGUGGCUGGUGGUGGUUCUCGUUUGACGCCAUGCCCUUGACUGGGGCGCUGGGGGCGGACAGGCCUCGCUCGGCGUCGCUGUAACGAGUGGAGCGAAUUAAUCGGUAGCUUGUGACACGGUCGUUGUUGCUCGCUCGUCAUGUUGGCGAGGAGCUCCUGCCUGCCUCUGGGCUCGCUGCUGGCCGGGUGUCGAUGUCCAGGGUUCUGCGCGCGACCGCUGCCAACUCCGAGGGCCUCUUCGUGCAGGCGCUUCGGAUCUGGCAAGUUAAGGCCGUUGUCAGCGGUGACAGGCUCGCUUCCCAUGUGGUACGUGGAAGGUCUGCGCGGCACGUCACACUCGCGCCUCUCCUACCCGGAUGACAGCGAGCUGCAGGAGGUGGUGAACCAAGUGGGCGACCUGAAUACCAGGCGCUGCUUCAUCACGGAGCCACGCGUGGCCCACUCUAUCACUGAAGCCCUGCAGAUCAACGAGGGUGACCAGGCCGUCGUGUUUGAUUGCUCUGCAGGGCCUGGAAUUUUAACAAGAGCACUCCUUAAUUCUGGAGCCAAUCGAGUGGUGGUACUGGAACGGGACAAGUUGUUUCUUCCUCCCUUGCAGGAAUUGGAGGAAAGUGCGGAAGGGCGCAUGAACCUUUUUCACUGCGAUGUCUUCAAGCUGGACACCCAUGAUGGGCUGUUGCGGCCACCCUUCAUGAGCUCCAAGCAGCUGCAGGUCCAGCUGGGCCUUAAAGAGCGCUCUUGGAAUGAUGAGAUUCCCAUUCGUCUGGUGGGCAUUCUGCCAUUGAGGAACCCUCGCACCAUCCUUUGGAGGCUCAUCUAUGCCGCCUUUCAGGGAAUCUCGGUCUUUCGCUUUGGAAGAGUAGAGCUCAACUUGUUCAUAAGCGAGAGAGAAUUGCAGAAAAUCAGAUCGUCUCCUGGCUGCAAGAAUUACAGUUCACUCAGCAUAUUGUGGCAGAUAAUGAGUGACAUUACAGUGGUUUACCAGGAGUCUUUGACUUCAGUGGUGACAUGUUCAAAUAAGGCCCUGAAAACGGACUUUUUUUCAAAUCAUGUCGAGGCUGGAGAAAAGCUAUGCCUCAUGCAGCUGAACCCAAGGCGUGAAAUCACCAGUGUCCUUAACUACCACAGCAUGGACCGGUUCAUGGCCAUGAUAAAUCACUGCCUCUCGCGGCGCAGGAAAAAACUCAAGGAUAUACUCAACCUCUGGAAUCCCGGGAGUGGCGAACUUAUCAUGGCGCAACUUGGGCUGUCACCAGAAGCGACCUCGGGCACAGUGUCGCCCAGAGACUAUCUGCGACUUUUUGAAAUUAUUGAGCUGUCUGAGGGCUUUCGCUCCAGCUGGCUUUACACGGAAAGCAUGGACAAAGUGAUCUAUUAAUGGCUGCGUGCUGAAACCACCGACGUCUCCGCAAGGUCAUAGGAAAUUAGGAUAAUCCCAGUCAGAUGGAAGAGAACGUCUAAAAUGACGUUUGCAGGAACUUUCCAAAGUGAUUAAGAUGGAACACUUGGUAUCCCUACAAGUGUGGAUUUUUUUUAGGAGUAUUGUGCGAAGCUCCUUUUGAUAGAGCAGUGUGCUCACAAAAGGAUCUACAUUGUAAAAAGGAACUCAUCCGCAGAAAAUGGGACAGUGAAAAUGUAGCAGUUAAAAACCAAUGAGUACAGGGUUUUCUCUGCCAUGUCGACAAAUCAACUUCAAGAAUGCUUCGAUAAAUUACUAUAAAUAGAAUAAAUUUCACAUGCUGAACUGUACCACGGAUGUUAUGAAUGGGAACUUGAAAAGAUGGUCAUCUUCAUACCUUUGCUAGGUCCUCAGUGCUGCACAAAACGGUGGGCGAUUAUAUUUUGCUGGACAAACAAGGCGUACUAUAUUCUUGGUUCUUUCGGUAAAGUCACGUAGAAAGGAAACAAUAAAAUAAUGUUUUUAUAAUUUUAUUUCCCUUCCAAAAUAAUGUUUUUAUUAUUUUAUUGUUUCCUUCUACGUGACUUUACCGAAAGAACCAAGAAUAUGAAUCCCUGCAGUCACGAAAGCUUUAAAUCAAAAUUUAAGGCGUACUAUGUUCAUGGUUCACAACUCAUUAUUAUGGGUUGUAUUGUGUCAUGUUAAACAUGUAUCUUUACCAGAUGUUAGAUACCAUUAUUCAGUCUAGGUUUGUAAAUGUUAUAUUAAAGGUGUGGCUGUAACAUAGUGUAUUUUUAAAUUUGCUUAGGCUUUAUUGUCUUUUUUUUCAACAUCUACAAACCAUGACUCGAUCGCAAUGGCGUUAACCAGAAAAUACCCAGUGUAAGACAUUGCUAUGAAUUAAAAAAAUAUUGUAAUCGUCAAUGUGGCUGUACUAUUGCAGGAUGUAGUGCAUACUCAAAAAUAUAACUGCUUUCACAGGAUUGAAUCCUACAGAUGUGCAGUAAAUUAUGUGCAGCAUUGAAAGUGUAUGCUACCUACUGUUACGUGGCCACUAAAAGGAGUAUUGCAUUUGUAAAUGUAUGCUUUUUUGCCAUUGUCAUGUGACAAAUGCAACUAAAAUAUAGUGAGAUAAUUAUCCAGGUCUUGAUAACAGAAUAUAUUGUAUUCCAGCAGGUACUUAGCUGGUUCUAAAUAAAUAAAUGACGGUUGUGGUAAGUUUGAAUCGCUGGCAAUUUUUUGGUGGAUAAAUGACAUGUCUGUUAAACAGAUUUUCAUCCUUAAUCAACUGUGUACUGCAUUGCUAUUAUUUAGAUCGUUGAAUACUGAGCUAUGCUAUAAUAGCUCAUUUUUACAAUAUUCACCAUAAACUUUGCCACUGGUUGAAAGGUUGUGACCUGCAUUUGUGAUGAAGGAUUGCUGCUCGGUUGCUAAAUGCCUUUGUAAUGUAGAGCAAGCGUUUGCUUUUUGCAAGAAACAACAUUUUUGUGAUUGUUUUACCAUGUGUGGGAAUAAAGCAUAAUCUCGUGCUUUAUAUGGUGCAUAAACAUGU